AGCAGCUGCUCCUCCACAUCCCCACUCUCUCCUCAGCAGUUCAAGCUGAAACUUUCACCACCACCACCAAGAUGACUUUGAGGCUGUCCAGCGGAGGCCACAUGAGCAGCAGCAGGUCCAUGUAUGGGGCCAUAGGAGGCAAUCGGAUGGCCUCCGCUGCCUCCAGCAUGUCGAUGUACAGCAGCGGUGGCGGUGGUGGAGGGGGAGCCGGUUACAGCUUCAGCUUUGGUGGUGGAGCAGGUGGUGGAGCAGGUGGUGGAGCAGGUGGUGGAGACAUGAACAUCUCUGCCAACGAGAAGGCCACCAUGCAGAAUCUGAACGACCGACUGGCUUCCUACCUGGAGAAGGUCCGCAAGCUGGAGGCGGCCAACGCUGAGCUGGAGAGGAAGAUCAGGGAGUUCCUGGAGAAGAAGACCUCUCCUUCCUCCAAAGACUACAGCGCAUACUACGCCACCAUCGCAGAUCUGCAGGACAAGAUCGUGAACGCCACCAAAAUCAACGGCGGCAUCUACCUCAGCAUCGACAACGCCAAACUGGCCGCUGACGACUUCAAACUCAAGUAUGAGAACGAGUUGUCCAUGCGUCAGUCGGUGGAGGCUGACAUCGCCGGACUCAAGAGGCUUCUAGACGAGCUGACGCUAUCCAGGUCCGACCUCGAGAUGCAGGCUGAAGGUCUGAGGGAGGAGAUCAUCUUCCUCAGGAAGAACCACGAGGAGGAACUGCUGGCUUUGCGCACUCAGAUGAGCGGCCAGGUGAACGUGGAGGUGGACGCCGUUCCGGGAGUAGACCUCAACAAGGUCAUGGAGGAGAUGAGGGAGCACUACGAGGCCCUCGCUGCCAAAAACCGCAAAGAGCUGGAGGCCUGGUUCCAGUCCAAGACAGAUUCUCUAAACAAAGAAGUCGCCGCCAGCACAGAAACCCUCCAUACGUCAAAAUCAGAAAUCACAGACCUGAAACGGACCCUGCAGGCCCUGGAGAUCGAGCUCCAGUCUCAGCUCAGCAUGAAAGCCGGACUGGAGGGCACGCUGGCUGAGACACAGAACCGUUACGCCCAGCGUCUAGCAGCUUUCCAGAGGCAGGUAACGUGUCUGGAGGAGCAACUGACGCAGCUGAGAGCGGACCUGGAGCGGCAGGGACAGGAGUACCAGAUGCUGCUGGACAUGAAGACCAGACUGGAGAUGGAGAUCGCCGAGUACAGAAGGCUGCUGGAUGGAGAGGGAGGCAGCAGCAUGUCCUCCUCCUCCUCCACCUCCACCUCCAAGACUUCUACCACCACCAAGAAACAGAUUGUCAUCGUUGAGGAGGUGGUGGAUGGAAAAGUUGUCAGCACCUCCAAACAGGAGGUCCAAAUUUGAGUCCCAGCAGGAGGAACUGAGGAGUUUUAAAAAUAAAACUAACCAAAAAUGAA